AUUGUUGCUAUUAUUAUUAUUAUUAUUCUUAUUAUUAUUUUUAUUAUUAUUUUAAAUCAGUCAUAUGUCCAUGAACUUGUCCCUGAAUGGAAAUGCACAUGAUACACCUGUGUGUCCUACUACUCUACAAGUACAUCAUUUUCAAGAAAUACUUUUUGUAGCAACUUGCGGGUGCUGCUACCUGCACAUGUAUGGGGUUUAUGAUGUGUAACUGGAGGAGCUUUGACCAUCUUCAAUUGAAGAGUUUAUUUCCAAAAAGGUGUCUCCAUUUUGUGGAAUGUUGGGAAUUGACCUUUUUGUAUUGGGCAUUCCAAGAAUUGGCAAGAGUUCACACAUAGGUGAUAGGACCUUUGAACUGUCAUUUUCAAUAAUAAAAGGCAAAAGUAAAAAAUGGUGGAUACAACAUUUUGCAAAUAAUUGCAGUUUUAGUAUAGUCCAAUGCCAACUCUUUCUAUACUUGAAUCAAUGCAAACAAAAUCUGAAAACUAGACGAGGUCAAAUGAGUUCAUGCAUGGAGUAAAACAAGCUGCCAACUUGUUAUUGCUAUGAAAUGAAAACUUCAAUGGCAACAGAAGACAGAAAGGAUGUUCCUAAACAUGAAGGGCGGCUUCGGUAAGGUAAGGUUCUGAGCAAUUCAUUCUGGAAUUUUUGAAGAAAUUUUUUUGAUGUGUGUGUGCUUGUUUGGUCGUCCAUCCCCAAUCACACCUGCCUUUACCGCAUUGUAAAAAUGUCAAAGAACCUUCAUGUGACCUGUGUGCGAACCGGGGAAGAACCCCAAAGUUGAGAGAACCUUUUAGGGGAGUCUUCUAGCCUGGGAAACCCCAUGCUGCUUUGCACAAUCGUUCACUUGUGAUUGUGUCUGGUGGUAAGCAGGCAAGGGGUCUUCCACAGUGGCAAUCGAAGGGUUCCUCAGGGUUUCCCUUGGGUUCUUGAGUUCUCUGAAGAACCUUCAAGGAUUCAAACCUUUAGGCUUCCUCCAGGAAGUGAUGUCAAGGCCCACUUGGAAUACCUUUUGCCCCGGCCCACAGUUUGAGAAUCACUGAUCUAGGCCGUCUCUGGUUCCUCUACAGUAGCUAACUUGGUUCUUUGGGGAACUUAUUCUUUACAGUGUGGGUGAGUGGGUCUUAGUGUUUGUGGACCACAAGUGGCAAAGAAUGGCGCCAUUGCCAAGACAGUAGAAAUUUGAAUGUGUGUUAUUUGUAGGUGACUUAACUUGGACUGAAUUUUCUUUAUUUUGAAGAGGUGGCAGAAUUAGGUUCAGUGCUAGAUUUACUGUGGGCCAGACCCAUUUGCCAUUGUUAGGAUAUCCUGCUGUUGUUUGUGGUCACAAUACAUUUGGAAAUGGAUAGUUGAGUAGUAGGCUAGAUAGCCUAUUGCAGUAACAGGAGGCACGUCUCAACAUUUUUGGUGUUGAAAGAGAACCUGACUAAAAGCCACAGAAUAUACAGGCCUAUGGUUCAAGUGUGAUGAUACCAGCAGACGUCGCUGUUUCACAACACAUGCUACCUGAAAUAAAUAAAUAAUGAAAGAAAACGUGCGUGUGCGUGAUGUGCAAAAAACGUGCGCGUUCACCGUGACGUUGAAUUCUCUUCGGUCCGAUGGAGGAAGAGAUGGUAUGGAAAGUGCAGCUUGCCACUAUGUUUCUGUCAAAGUUUGAAAAAUAGACCAUAGUGACACAGUUAACGCGUCAUUUAAACUACUCUGUAUACUUCGAAUGAACGGCAUUUUUAAAUGGAUGAAAGUUUCUCAAAGCGGACUUUGUAGAACUUGUUGCGGAAAGCUAAACUUUUCAACAAGGUAACCUGUCCGGAUGGAGAACUUGCGAGCUGUUGAUAGUUAGCCUUUUUAGCUCACUAUUUUCUGUUUUGAAGGUUGACGUGACAAUACAGUUCUAAAGACUGCUUGGAUUGUUUUGCCAGGAACCAGUGCGACCUUUACCCCGAGUUGAGGUCAUUUGCUUCUUGGAGUUUAAACUGUCAACAUGACGGCCUGAAACUGUAGCGGUGGAAUACACGUCUGCCCCACAACAGAAAAGUGACACAACCAGGUGAGGAGCAUGUUGGCAUCAUGCUGUAGCUGGUUCUGUCUGGACUCGGGCCCUGGUGAGGAGGCUGGCAGUGGGGGUGGCGGUGGCGCGCGGCAGGCCUACACCAACUCCGGCUUCAGCAGCUACCCCUCACCCACCGCCGUGGACCACACCUGCAAAGCCUGCGGAGGACGCUUCGACACGCUGGCGCGCAAGCACGUGUGCAUGGACUGCAAGAAGAGCUUCUGUGGCCGCUGCUCCGCGCAGGCCGAGCCCCGGCCACGGCUGUGCCACACGUGCCAGCGCCUGUGCGUCACGCUGUUCGAGCGCGCCGAGCUGAUGAAGCUGAAGGUGAAGGACCUGCGCGACUACCUGCACCUGCACGAGGUGCCCACGCAGACCUGCCGCGAGAAGGAGGAGCUGGUGGAGCUGGUGCUGGGCCAGCAGACGCCCGGACACAACAUGGCCGCCAACGCCAACCACGCCAGGGGCACCACCACGCAACAACAGCAUCCUCAGCAGCAGACGACACCUCAAGCCCCACCACCAUCAGCACCCCCACCUACGGCGAAUGCACAACAGCAGCACCCAACGCGCAUAUCCAGCAACAGCAGCAGCACUACAUCUACCAGCACCAGCACCACGCGCCACACGUAUAACUGGCAGUCAGGAGGAGGAGGAGGCGGCACAACGGAGGGUCAGGGAGUACCAACGCAACCCACACCAGAUCCGACCGUCAAUCAGCCUCGACCCAACUCACACAGGCCACCCACUCCAGACCAGGACGACUCGCAGAGCCCGCCUGUGCUGGCGCCCUCGGGGCCAGAGGAGGGGCAGGAGGAGGAUGAGGAUGAGGAGGAGGCUGAGGAGGCAGAUUCGGAGCUGCGGGGAGAGCAGGAGGAGUCGCAGUCGUCGGACACAGAGGAGGUGCUUGUGCCUGGCCGCCGGGCGUCUCUGUCGGACCUGUCGUGCGUGGAAGACAUCGAGGCGCUGAGCGUUAAGCAGCUGAAGGAGAUCCUGGCCAGGAACUUUGUGGACUACAAGGGCUGCUGUGAGAAAUGGGAGCUGAUGGAGAGGGUCACCAGACUCUACCAUGACCAGAAGGACCUGCAGAACCUGGACUCCCCCUCGGGUCCUGUCCUGGAGGAGAACCUGUGUAAGAUCUGUAUGGACUCGCCCAUAGACUGCGUUCUUCUGGAGUGCGGCCACAUGGUCACCUGCACCAAGUGUGGCAAGCGCAUGAGCGAGUGCCCCAUCUGCAGGCAGUACGUGGUCAGGGCUGUGCACGUCUUCAGGUCCUGAGCGGAGCGGAACUCACCUCCUCAGCCAGCCACACCCACACAGACACCCACCCACCCACCACAAACUACUGUCAUUGGCCAGGCUUUGGUCGUAUUAGCUGCAUACACACACAUAUACAUACACAGACACAGACACAGACACACACACACACACACACACACACACACACACACACACACACACACACACACACAGAUUUACACACACACUCAUUUUCACUCAAACACACGUGUGCCUUAUUCACACACACACUUACACAUGUCAACACACUCAUAAAUGGAAUAUUGACCUUUGAUGCAGUGGAGCAUUUUACCAUGGAACUAUUUUUUUUCACAUUAUUUUUUCCCCUCUCUUCCGCCUGACGUCCAUUAAAAUCAGAUUGUGUGUCACACACACACACA